AUGUAUUUUCAGUAUGAUAUUGAAAUUUUAAACAAUUUAUGCUUGUAUUGCAUUUCAAUCUUUUACAGCAUUGCUGUUUACAAGGCAUUAUACAAGAGCUUUGGAGGAUUUGCUGCAGAUGUCGUUGCAGCAAUUGACCAGGCAGCUCAGGAUGGGGUUGACAUAAUAAGCUUGUCAAUUACUCCUAAUAGACGUCCUCCUGGUGUGGCAACUUUCUUCAAUCCAAUAGACAUGGCUCUGCUGUCGGCUGUGAAGGCCGGUAUUUUUGUCGUGCAAGCAGCAGGAAAUACUGGACCAUCACCAACAAGCAUGUUCUCCUUCAGUCCAUGGAUCUUUACUGUUGGUGCUGCCUCUCAUGAUCGGGUUUAUAGCAACUCCAUAUUUCUUGGAAAUAAUGUGACCAUACCUGGAGUUGGUCUUGCUCCUGGUACAGAUGAAAGCAAACUUUAUAAACUGAUUCAUGCACAUCAUGCAUUGAGCAAUAAUGACACAACGGUUGCUGAUGAUAUGUAUGUUGGUGAGUGCCAAGAUGCAAAUAAGUUCAACAAGGAUUUGAUCAAGGGGAACCUCUUAAUGUGCAGCUAUUCAAUUCGAUUUGUGCUGGGACUCUCCACCAUCAAAAGAGCCUCAGAAACAGCCAAAAAUCUUAGUGCAGCUGGUGUUGUCUUCUAUAUGGAUCCCUAUGUGAUUGGUUUUCAGCUUAACCCUGUUGCAAUGAAAAUGCCAAGCAUAAUAAUUGCUUCCACUAAUGAUUCCAAGAUUUUAAUGCAAUACUACAAUUCUUCAUUGGAAAUAGAUGCCGUUUCAAAGAAAAUUGUUAAAUUUGGGGCUGCUGCCAGUAUCUGUGGUGGACUAAAAGCGAAUUAUGGCAGUGCUGCACCCAAGGUAAUGUAUUACUCUGCCAGAGGACCAGAUCCACAAGACAGUCUUCCUCAUGAAGCAGACAUUUUGAAACCCAACUUGUUAGCUCCUGGAAGUUUUAUAUGGGCUGCUUGGAGUUCUGUUGCUGCUGAUUCCGUUGAGUUCCUAGGUGAGAAUUUUGCAUUGAUGUCUGGCACAAGCAUGGCUGCUCCUCAUGUUGCUGGUCUUGCUGCACUAAUUAAGCAAAAGUUCCCGAGUUUUAGUCCUGCAGCCAUUGGAUCUGCACUUUCCACUACAGCUUCUCUGUAUGACAAGAGUGGUGGGCCAAUAAUGGCUCAACGAUCGUAUGCCUCUCCUGAACUAAACGAGUCUCCAGCAACUCCUUUUGACAUGGGAAGUGGUUUUGUGAAUGCAAGUGGAGCACUGAAUCCUGGUUUGAUUUUUGAUUCCGGUUAUGAUGAUUAUAUGUCAUUUCUAUGUGGCAUCAAUGGUUCAUAUCCUGUGGUGCUAAACUACACUGGUCAAAAUUGUGGACUCUACAAUUCCAGUGUGUAUGGUCCUGAUCUGAACCUGCCCUCAAUCACUAUAUCAAAGCUGAACCAAUCUAGAAUAGUGCAGAGGACAGUCAAAAACACUGCUCAAAAUGAAUCAUACAGUGUUGGUUGGACUGCUCCUUAUGGAGUUUCAUUGAAAGUGUUUCCAACUCACUUCAGUAUUGGCAGUGGUGAGAAGCAGAUAUUGUCUGUGCUCUUGAAUGCAACAGUUAACAGCUCUCUUUCCAGCUUUGGGAGAAUUGGGCUGUUUGGGAAUCAAGGUCAUGUGCUAAACAUUCCAAUUUCAAUCAUGGUUAAAAUCUCAUCUAACACCACUACAAGUUAAUUGGGUAUCACUGAUUUAUUUUGAGGAAAAAUUUAGAUAGUGGUUUUUUAGGAUGCUUUUUGAAUGUUAUUCUUGAUUCAGAAUCAGAGUCUUAUACGAGAAUAACAUUGAAACUGUCUAGGAUUCAUCUUAGCUUUUGUUCUUCAUGUUUCUUUUCUUUUUGCUUGCCUAUUUUUUCAUUCAUUAUCAUGUAAAGAAGUUAAAGGUUCUUGUAUAGAUACUUAUAAAUGUGAUCAGUUCCUGAUUGUUCUGCA